AUGACUACGACCAGUCAGAAGACGAUAAAGGUCGCACUUCGCGGACCGGCGUUAUUGAAUAAUCCAAGGUUCAACAAGGGUAGUGCGUUUACGAGGAAAGAGAGGGAUGAUUUUGGUUUAAGAGGUAGAUUACCAUAUGCAGUAGACACCCUCCAAGAACAGGUGGAUCGAGCUUAUCAACAAUAUCAAGCUCGUAGUUCUGAUAUUCUACGUAACUCUUUUCUACAGUCUCUCAAAGCUCAAAAUUGGACACUCUCUUACGCCCUCCUCUCUGCCCACCUUGAAGAGCUCUUCCCUAUCAUAUAUACACCCACAGAAGCGGAUGCAAUUGCCAAUUAUUCUCAUCUGUUCAGACGAAGUGAGGGUCUCUACCUUUCACCACCACUGACGGACACUAUGGAAGAGGACUUUCUGGAUGCUUGUGAGGGUAGAGAAUUGGAGUUGAUCGUGGUUUCGGAUGCUGAAGCUAUUUUGGGGAUUGGGGACCAGGGUUCAGGAGGUAUAGGCAUCUCAGCUGCCAAAGCCGUUAUUUACACACUUGCCGCCGGUGUCGACCCCGCAAAGGCCCUCGCUGUGACACUUGACGUAGGCACCAACAAUCAAGAUCUCCUUGAUGAUCCACUCUACAUGGGCUAUCGGGAGAAACGACUUCGCGGUCAGGGGUAUGACGAAUUUGUCGAUAAAUUCGUUGCACUAGUUAAGAAACAUCAGCCGAAGUGUUUGUUGCAUUUUGAAGAUUUUGGAGUGAGCAACGCUCAAAGACUAUUAGCAAAGUACAGGGAUGAACAUUCUAUUUUCAACGAUGACAUCCAAGGUACUGGGGCCGUUACACUCGCAGCUUUACAAGCCGCCAUCUCAGUCACCAAAACUAACAUUGAGGAUCAGCGUAUUGUGAUAUAUGGAGCCGGUUCUGCUGGUCUCGGUAUAGCUCGACAAUUGCGCGAUGCCAUCGUUCUUUCUUCCUCUUGUUCGGAAGCCGAAGCGGCUUCUCGUUUUUACCUUUUGGACAAACAUGGUCUUCUGAAACGGUCUCUUCCGGAAGAUCAGAUUCGGCCGGAGGUUGAAACAUCUUUCAUUCGGUCUGAAGAGGAUUGGGGAGAUGGGGAGACUGGGUUGUUGGAGGUUAUCGGAAAGGUCAAACCGACAGUUUUGAUAGGUACCAGUACUCACGCUAAAGCGUUUACGGAGGAAGUGGUGAAAGAGAUGUGUAAACAUGUAGAUCGACCUAUCAUCUUUCCUCUGAGUAAUCCCACUCGACUUUGCGAAGUACACCCUAAAGACGCCAACGAGUGGAGCGGUGGAAAAGCUUUGAUGGCUACUGGUUCACCGUUUCCUCCUGUUGACAUUCCGGGUAGUGAGAAGAAGUAUGUCGUAGCGGAAUGUAACAAUGCAAUGAUAUACCCAGGAUUGGGUUUCGGUACUAUCCUCUCCCAAAGUAAAGCCAUGACUCCCAAUAUGAUAGUAGCCGGUGCCAAACGUCUUUCCGAAUUAGCUCCCGCUCUUAAAGAUCCUGAUCAAGCAUUGCUACCGCCCUUUGGUGAUAUUGGAGAUAUCAAUUUCGAAAUCGCUUUGGCAGUGUUGGAACAAGCUGUACAAGAUGGGGAUGCUAGUUCUGAGGUGCCCAAGGGGGAAGAGGAAAGAAGGAACUGGGCAAAAGGUAGAAGAUGGACUGCUGUUUAUCCCGAGUAUGAGUAUGAUGAAGGUGGAUAUAGGUGA